AUGGAGUCCAUCAGACAUAAGUUGGGUUUUGACAACUGCUUCACAGUGAACAGUAGAGGUAGAAGUGGUGGUUUGGCCUUCCUUUGGAGCUCUAAUAUCGAGCUUAAUAUCUCAAUAUACACUAGUUGGCACAUCUCAGCAACCAUCAAAUUACCUAAUGGCAAAGCACCCUGGAUGAUAAUAGUUUUCUAUGGCGACCCAGAAACAACCAAGAGAAGUGAAACUUGGCUCCUGCUUAGAGAGUUAGUCCCUACAAUAAAUGUCCCUUGGCUGUGUUUUGGUGACUUCAACAAGAUCACCAACAUUGAUGAAAAAUAUGGGGCUGCAUCCAGACCCUACAGACAAAUCAGGGAUUUUAGAACAACUCUAGCUCAAUGUGACUUAAAUGACUUGGGAUUUGAAGGGGACAAGUUCACCUGGGCAAACAACAGGAAUGGAGAGCAAUUCACAAAAGAAAGACUAGAUAGGGCCUUAGGGAACACAGCAUGGUUAGGAAAAUUUGAGAAUCAUUCAGUUUAUCAUUUGACAGCAGCCUCCUCAGAUCACAGACCCAUCCUGGUUCAAAUCAAGAUCAACCAAGAAACUACUAAACAUGCGAGACCUUUCAGGUAUGAAGCAUCAUGGAGCAUAAAAGAGGGAUGUGAGGCCCUAAUCAAGCAAUACUGGGGCAAGACAAUUGGCCAGUCAGGCCCUCUAACAGACUCUGUCACUGGCUUGAGGUUCUGCCAAGAGGGAUUGAAAAGUUGGAGUAUGGAAAUGAGAAGAAAUCAAGGGGCACUCAUUAAGGAACAACUGUCUACUCUAAACUACCUCAAAGACACUAACGAGGGACACCUCUACACAGACAUAAAAAAAAAAAACUUCAAAAGGAAGUGGACUUGCUGUUAG